AAGUUUCAAGAAAGAAGAUCUGUUGCUUCGUCGGUGCCCGCUGUUCAGCCGUGGGGAAACAGUCGACGAACGUUGGAUUCCCAACUUAUCGUGUUCCAGCGAAAGAAUUCUCGAUCUCCUCUCCAAGGGUUCCGAUCGUGUACCCAAAAACAGAAAAAGGUCGUUUCUCGUCUACAAUUUGGUGAACUUAUCCAAAUAUCUCUACGAUUCGUAGCAGCUGCCUUCGUCGGGAAGAUGUCCGUUCUGAAUUCGCUGUUCAACAGGGCUACACUCGGAGCAAGAUGCAAGACUUGCUUGAAUUUGGCCAUCUCACGGAUCAAAUUACUGCAUAAUAAGAGAGAGUUGCAACUGAAGAAUAUGCGCAAAGAGAUCUCUCAAUAUCUUCAGACUGGCCAAGAAGCCAUUGCUCGAAUUCGGGUGGAGCAUGUUAUACGUGAACAGAAUAUAUUGGCUGCCUAUGAGAUCAUAGAGCUGUUUUGUGAAUUUGUUCUUGCGCGUGUUCCCAUUCUUGAAACCCAAAGGAAUUGCCCAUCAGAAUUGCAGGAGGCUGUUGCUAGCAUAAUCUUUGCUUCUCCAAGAUGUUCAGAUUUGCCGGAGUUGAUGCAGGUCCGGAAUUUAUUUACUGCAAAAUAUGGGAAGGAGUUUACGUUAGCUGCUUCUGAGCUGCGACCAGAUAGCAGCGUCAAUCGUACGAUCAUUGAGAAACUUGCAGUGAGAGCUCCACCUGCAGAUUUAAAGCUUAAGAUUUUGAAAGCAAUAGCUCAGGAGUACAAUGUGGAAUGGGACUCAUCAAACACUGAAGCAGAAUUUAGUAAAAAACAUGAAGACUUGCUGGAUGGAUCAACUCCCUCGAAGUUACAGGGACCCGUUGUUGAGAGUUCUGUGGAUAUGUCGUUACCCAAGAGUGGACUUCCCGUUUCACCUAUCAAAGAGAAUCAAAAAGAUCAAAUGCUUGUGGCUUCCAUCCCCUCAGUAAGUAACGCUUCAGCUCUCAUGAGUGGAGUCUCUUUGGAGGGCACCAAAAAAAUAGAACCACUCAGCACUCAGAAAGGGGGGCCGCCUAGUGAUGAGAAAGCAGGUACAAGCUGGAGCUCGUCCGAUGUUUUGGAGAGAGCUCGAGCAGCCAUUGCUUCAGCAGAGCGCGCAUCUGCUGCUGCCCGUGCUGCUGCCGAGCUUGUAAAUGUUAGAUUGGAUCGCCCAGCUAGCAACACCAAAAGUUAAAAUCAGAUCAAUCUCUGUUACAAAUUUAAAAAUUCUUGAAGCUUCCCAAAAGAUGAAAGGAAAAUCUAAUCUGUAAUUAAUCAGCCAUAUCUUAUGGAAAAUUUAAGUGGCUGAAUGUGCAUGAUGAGGUCUUAACUUGUUUUUUGUUUGUUCCUUUUUAUUAUGGAAGACUAUUUGUUAAACUACUCUUUGAAAGGUGGUGUGUUUUUUUUUUUUAUACAACCGAAAAAAAGGUGGUGUCUUUUAAGUUUUAAGCUGUACCUUUUCAAAAGAUUUGGAUCAGAAUGGGAUCUUUUUAUUA